AUAAAUUGUGUGACUUUCCCCCACCCUGAUGUAAUGCCAGAGCAGCAGUUGCUGAAACCUUCAGAGUGGAGCUACUGUGAUUAUUUCUGGGCUGAUAAGAAGGAUUCGCAAGGGAACAAUACAGUGUCGGGAUUUGAAAUUCUUCUUCAAAAGCAACUUAAAGGGAAACAAAUGCAGAAAGAAAUGGCAGAGUUCAUUCGAGAAAGGAUAAAGAUUGAGGAGGAAUAUGCUAAGAACCUGUCCAAACUGUCUCAGAAUUCCUUGGCUGCUCAGGAAGAAGGCACACUAGGAGAGGCUUGGGCUCAACUAAAGAAGAGUCUAGCUGAUGAAGCAGAGGUUCAUCUCAAAUUUUCUUCUAAGCUUCAAAGCGAGGUAGAGAAACCCCUGCUCAACUUCAGAGAGAACUUUAAGAAAGACAUGAAGAAGUGUGACCACCAUAUUGCAGACUUACGGAAGCAUCUGGCCAGCCGCUACACAGCAGUUGAAAAGGCCCGGAAAGCCUUGACAGAGAGACAGAAGGAUCUGGAAAUGAAAACACAGCAGCUAGAGGUGAAGCUCAGCAACAAGACAGAAGAGGAGAUUAAGAAGGCGAGACGGAAGUCCACGCAGGCGG